AUGUGUCCACUCCCUGCGCACUGUCUAGCUAGUUCCCAAGUGCCAAGUGUACGUGUGCGUGUCUGCGUACCGUCUUCUAUUAGGGACGAAAUGCAUUGUGCCGAAGAUAAAUACGUACAAAAGUCACUUGCCCAGGAUACCGUAUACAGCGAUGACCAAGCCAAGGCCCCACCGGAAUUGUUAGGCAAGCCCCCCCCCGUAGCUUCCUUGUCUGUUUUAUGUACGCGACCGAAAGAGUCCUCGUACAUCAAGUACGUAAGACUAAUUAGUAAUAACGUUAUGUACGUAAUGGUGCAUCCCCCAUCAGUCACGGCUGCCCAUUUUCGUAGGCCUUUUCCUGGGGGGGAUUUAACCCAACCCGUACUGCAAGAUUAUCCACAAGCAAAACAAGCACGCAACCAAAUAAGAAAACAAACUUCGAAUUUUUCCUUUCCUUUUCCUUUUCCUUUUCCUUUUUUCUUUUUUCCCUUCUUUGCUCCCGAAACUUCUGUUCUGGAUUUCCCUUUUGUCUCCGUCUCGCUCUGCCACCCAUGA